AUGAGUGAUAAACAAGGUUUUGCAGUUCCUUCCUUACCCGCUUCAAAAAGAAAGCCGGAACAAGAACAAGAAGAACAAGUACGUCCUCAGCCACCUGUACUUCAAUACGAAACACCUUCUUGGAGUGCACCUCCUUCGUUUCCUUACCGUCUUGAAGUACUCAAAAAUGGUGCAAGCAUUGAAACUAUUCAAGGCCCCAAAAAGGAAUAUGUGACCAUUGGUCGCUUACCUCUUUGCGAUAUUCAGAUGGAACAUCCUUCUGUCUCGCGAUACCAAGCCAUCAUUCAAUUUGAUCAUGAUGGAGACGCCUAUCUGUAUGAUAUGCAGAGUGCUCAUGGUACUCGUCUCAAUAAAAAGCCUGUGCCUGCUCGAGAACAUGUUCCCUUGAAACCCGGGGAUCAAAUUCGGUUUGGUGAGAGUACCCGUAUCUGUAUUUUCGAUUCAGAGAAACCGUAUGAUCCAGAAACAGAGGCAGAAGAGAGAAGAAAAAAGGCUUUACGAGAACGAAUUGCUCAAGCCAAUGGUCAGCCUGAAGAAGAAGAAGUGGAUCAAGGUAUCACAUGGGGAUUUGCAGAAGAUGCUCAAGAAGAAGACGAUGAUGAUCAAGAUGAUAUAAGUGAAAACACAAUAGAAGAUAUCAAGGCUAAUUUAAACAAGUCCUCUGGUGAUGCUGAUCUAUUGACUGUAGAAGCGCAGAAACAAGCAUUUGAAGAUGCUAAAAGACGCAGAGAAGAUAUAGAACUCAUGUACAAUGAUGAUAGUGAUGAAGAACUCUAUGAUAAGACAUCACGCAAAAAGAAAAAGAAAGAAGAAAAAGCAGAUACACAUGAUGAUUUAGUGAGAAAACAAAACGAAGCUGAACAAAAAAUACAACAACUCGAACAAGAAAUAGCAGAUAGAAAACAAAGAGAUGCAGACAAUAAGGCCAAUGCACAAGCAGAAGAAGAAGAUUUAGACAUGUUUAUGAAGAAUCUGUCCAAGAAACCUCUGCAGAAUGAAAAAUCCAUGUUUUUACUUCAAAAAGAAUUGAGUCAAUUGAAAAAGGAUCAUGAGCGUCUAGUUAAACUCGUCAAACUAACAAAACCAUCCCAUAUUCUCUAA